GCAGGUAUUCUAUUAUACAGUAUAUUUAUAUAGAUUUAGGUGUCAGAGGCACGCGUGCGGUGGAAUAACGUCGGAUGUCUGGCAUGACCAUGAGAAGUUUCCUUUCUUUCUUCGCCUUCGCACUUCUGCUUUUGGCUCACGUGAGGGCACAACAAGAGGAGGAUUAUUAUGACGACGAUGAGCAAGAAAGUGUCGCAACAGAGGAUCUUCCGCAAGACGACGUCGACGAUUAUCGAGUGCCAGCGCCGUCACUUCCUGACGUCUCGGAUCUCAGCCGCGUUUCUCCGUUGAAACUCAACAAACGUCAGGUCGUGCAACGAAGCGAAAAGCAGCCGGUUGUGAUCACGCCUCAAGCAGUUAUAAAGAAGAUCGACCACAAUAAGGACGAAGAUGAGGAAAGUCAUUCCAACAAAGGAGACCAUCAAUCGCACUGGGGUUACGGCGACGCUGCAGCAUUUGAAGAGUGGGCUGCCAUGUUCGGAACGUGCGGUGGACCUCGACAAUCCCCAAUCGACAUCGACACGGGUCACGUGUCAUUCACCAACUAUGACAACUGGAGAUUCCAGGGUUAUGAACAGGAACCCGACCUUGCAAUAAUCUCCAAUAACGGGCACUCGGCAACUUUGCAUACGGAAAAUGUGGAAAAAUUCCUCCACUUCCACUGGGGCGCCCGUUCCAUCCACGGCUCGGAACACACGGUCAACGAACGCCGCUUCCCGUUGGAGCUGCACCUCGUGCACUUCUCCACGGCCUACCCGAACGUGUCGGCCGCCGUGGCGUCCGGCCGCGGGGACGCCCUCGCUGUCCUGGGAUUCCUCUACGAGAUCAGCACUCGGGAUCCCCCGGGGGGCCUGGGAGCAGUGGUGGCUGCCCUGCCACGUGUCACGAGCAGCGCUUCGACGGCGCAGCUGCCGCAGCCGACGGCGCCGAGUCUGGCGAGUCUCGUGCAGGGCCUGGACCUGGCCCGGUUUUUCCGCUACGACGGCUCGCUCACGACGCCGCCGUGCUCGGAAGUUGUGGUUUGGACGGUGUUUGAAGAUAAGCUCGGCAUCUCAGAGGCACAGCUCCAAGCCUUCCGUCGUGUGACUUCGGACGAUGGUCAUUCGCCUUUGGUCGACAACUAUCGCCCUGUUCAAAAGCAGCCUCGUCAGGUCUCCUACAACAAUGCAAGACAAUCAUUUGUGCUCAAUCCAUCUUUUGCUUCUUUGUAUUCCUUUGGGAGAAAAACUGCAUCCUCUUCUUCUCCCGCAAAUGCUGGCUCUCCCAUCUCUGCCGCUUUAUUCGCGGUGCUGAUCUUCGCCAUCAAAUUCGCCACCGAAUACUGAUCGUCGGUCAUCCGGAUGACGACGUUUAUUUAUGAAAGCUGCUUGUUAUCGCUCUUUUCAUCGGCAAUUUUGUCGACUGAUGACAUCAGGAGGAUAUGAUGAGAGUCUCGAUCGGAAGGUGCAUGCGAGCCUUAGAGAGGAGUAAUAGCUAUGGAAAAAGAAAAUAGUUCCAUCGAUAUUUGCUAUAGAGUUUUAUUGGACUAUAUAGUGAUGGAUGAGGAAACAGCUAGUCCUAGCACUUCCGUGUUCCUCAAAAUUGUUGUGACCCGUCGCUUUUUUUUUUUUUUACAUUCGAAUUCGUUUCGAAUUGAAAGGUGCUUCGCCGUCAGCCAGAGAAUUCCGAGCAAUAUUGUGACGCUAUGUUCAAUCACGUCAGUGUGCAAUUAUAUAAGCAAUCAGUCACGGUGGCAUUCUCGUUAGAGUGAGGUUUUCUUUUAGGGAAUAUGAUGGAGUGACAAAUGUAUUCAGUAUUUCUCAGGAAA